AUGCUCGUUUCGGUGCAGAGAAAAUGGGGAAAAGGAGUGAUGAAUAUUUUUCUAGGUGGCGAUAUGGGACGUGAAGGUACGCUGGAAUUGAUUCAUUUAGAUAUUUCACGAACAUUCCCGAAUUUGGGUUUUUUUCAAAAGUCGAUGUGCUUUCUUGGUGCUAUGCUUCUUCUCCAAAUGCAUCAACCCUACUUAUCGUUCCAGGCUUUCGCGAAUCUACUUAAUCGAUCUGUUUUGCUAGCUUUUUUCGGGUUGCGUCAGCCUCAGAUGACAGUUUAUUUUAUUGCAUACGAUCAAUACUUCGAGCAAGAGCUACCAAAAUUGCACCAUCAUUUUGAUGUGCUCGAUGUACGGCCUGAUCUAUACCUCAUCGAGUGGCUAUAUACGUUGUAUGCAAAAUCGUUGCCUUUCGAUGUUAGCUGCCGAAUAUGGGAUGUAUUUUUGCGUGAUGGUGAACAGUUCCUGUUCACUACAGCGCUUGGUUAG